GAAAUGUCGUCUCGCAACUGCCGCACCUGCGGGAAAUUCAUUUUCUGCUCGACGCCCAAGAAUCUCUUCCAGGAACCGGAUUCAAUAACACUACAUCAAAUUGAGGUUCUAACAGGAUUGUUUUUAUUAAAGGGACCGGGCCCCGCUUUUAUGUGCGCCCCCUGCGAACAGGAUCUGCAGGAUGCAAUUUCCUUCCGAGAACGAGUGAUUCUCACCCAGAAAACGCUGCAAAGCAAUCCCAGCAAUGUGGUGGUCAUGGAUUUGAAUGAUUCUUAUGUGGAGGAGAUUGUUGAAGAGGUCUCGGAAGUCGGAGACAUAGAAAUGCAACCGGACGAGGAGGAACAGCCCCAGGAAACCAUCCAGAAAAAGAGAGCGGCGCCUGAGAAGCUUCCCCGGAGAAGCGCCUGCCCCUCGGUGAAGUUUGCGGACAACAGCCAGGAGCUGCAGCGCCACAAGCCGCGCACCCAGUGGGACAGACUCACCGAGGAGGAGGUGGUGGCCCUGAAGCGGGAGCGCCGGAGGAGGGAGUGCAUCUGCGAGCAGUGUGGCCGGCACUUCUCCUGCCCCAGCAACUUCAAGCUGCACCUGCUGCGGCACUCGGGCGUCAAGAGCUUCGCCUGCGAGCAGUGUCCCCAGAGAUUCUACACGGCCACCCUGCUGCGGCGCCACCAGGAGCUCCACGCGGGCACCUCUCCGUUUCAGUGCCGCUACUGCGAGGCGGCCUUCAACAACGCCACCGGACGCCUUCAGCACGAGCGCAUUCGCCACACGCAUGCCAAGCCCUUCAAGUGCAAGGAAUGCGACAAAAGCUUCUCCAUGAGCGGCAAACUCCGGACGCACAUGCUCAGUCACACGGGAGUGCGGGCGUUUCACUGCGAGUCCUGCAAAGUCUCCUUCGUCCGCCGUUCGAAUCUGUUGGCCCACUUCCGCUCCAAGGGCCACGCCCACGUGGCCAGCACCCAGGAGGCGGCGGAAAAGGGCCUCGAACUCGAUGUGGAAACAGUGCUAGAGGGUGGAACCUGAAAAGUCCAGAAAU